AUGCGGGGGCCGCGUGACACUGCAUCAACGCAAAGUAGAUAAGAAGAAAAAAACGGUUUUCAGUUUGGUUUAACAUAUACAAUUGAACAUAUAUGUUAAACUUAAUUUAAAUGUAAUUUUUGGCCCAUAAAAAAUUAUAUUCCUAGCACAGCAAGCUGUUUGUGCUGUUGUGCUGUUAUUCCUGCUCUGUGAUUGGCUGCUUACGGCAACCCCUUUACGUCUUUAAUUUUAACGUUUGCGGUUGAUUAAACUUCUGAUUGUGAGGGACUGCCGAAGAUUUGUAUUUUGUGUUUUAUAACAUUUCUCAAUCAAUGGCCAGUGUUCAGCGAGUAAGACCUUCGCAGGCUAUCCAGCUGCUGCCUAAUGAGGUUGUCUCUGAGCAACAGUCAGUUGCUGCUGUAAAGAAGCUUCUAGCCAUCGCUGUUUCCAGCAUCACAUACCUCAGGGGGAUAUUCCCAGGCAGAGCCUAUGGGACCAAAUAUCUUGACGAUCAGAAAGUGAUGAUCCUGAAAGAGGACCACAACUGUCCAGGAACUUCUCACAUACUCAAGUGGAUGGCGGGUUGUUUUGAUGCCAUCGAGAAGAAAUAUCUGAGGGUCGUCAUAAUGUCUCUCUUUACUGACCCAAGCAACCCCCAGAGAGUGACUGAGUGUUACAAGUUUAGGAUCCAAUACGCCCCUGAAGGAACAAAUGUGGAUUUUGAAAGUAAAACCAAUGAGAAGUUUUCCAUGAUGUCUGUGGGAACUACCAAAAAAGCAAGCAUCUUACUGGUGAGGAAACUGUACACGCUGAUGCAGAACCUGGGUCCUCUGCCAGAAAACGUCUGCCUCAACAUGAAGCUGGCCUACUAUGACGAUGUCACUCCUCAGGACUACCAACCUCCAGGUUUCCAAGAGGCUGAAGAAACCACACUAGUGUUUGAGCAGGAACCGGUCACACUGACCUUUGGCAAAGUUGAAACCCCCUACCACUGUUUGAAGUUUGACAUGGCCACAGAGAAACACAGACUGGAACAGGUUAAAGAGGGUGUUUCUGUGAAUAAAAAAUGGAUUCUGGAGAUUGAAGACCCAAUCAACCUUACACAGAGUCCUGAUCUCAAGCUAGUGGAGGAGUCUGAGAACUUCACUACAGACAUGGAUAACACAGAGAUCCAAUUGUGCAUUGAUAAGGAGGAAGAAGAAGAGAAGGAAAGUGGUGAGGAUGUCCCCGAGCAUCUGUGUGGGCAGGAGACAAACGUUACCAUGAAAAGGAAGCAGUCGACCAGAAUCAAGGAGAAGAUGGUUUCCCAGUACGACCUCGUCAGCAGCCAGGAGCCAUCUGCCCCUGGAACCAUUAAGAAGCGCAGGUUCAGCGAGCCUAAAAGUGACUAUUGAUCUCAGUGCAAAUAAGGCACUUUGUUAAAUUAAAGUCUUGUUGUUGUUUUUUUUCAUUUCCAUAACAACUUGUAGAGUUCGUUUUUAAGACGAUCAACACCAGUUUGUUUAUGAACAUGGUUUGGAAUAAUUUUAUAGUUAAGACUUUAAGGCAGUUAAGUAUGAAUUGUUUUAUGCUGUUUAAUGGUCCUAUGGGCUUAUUUGUGUUGCAUUUAUGAUUCUGUAAUACUUAAGAACAAACCUGGGCAGCAAAAACUUCUUGGUGAAUUUCUGAUUACUCAUUAAAGCUGAAUGUCUGUAAAAUGAACGGCAAAUGUUAAUAAAACACGUUUCA